GGUCGAUACAGUCACAUAUUGACACGACUACUUCGCAUCAUUUCUCUCUGAAUCGUACGAGGAGAUUGUAAACUGCUUUUGGGAUUAUUUUUUGCAUAUUAAUCGUGAGGCAACAAACCAAGAAGAAUCGAAAUUUGCAAAAGGCUUUCUGAGAUUAAAAAUGGCUACGCUUGAGGAUAAGUCUAUUUGGGAAGAUGGAGAGGAAACAUUGGGAGAAGACGUUCUGCGGAUGUCCACGGAUGAGAUUGUAUCACGUACGCGACUUCUAGAUAAUGAAAUCAAGAUAAUGAAGAGCGAAGUAAUGCGAAUUUCACAUGAACUUCAAGCGCAGAAUGACAAAAUUAAAGAGAAUACAGAAAAAAUUAAAGUGAACAAAACUCUCCCAUACUUGGUAUCUAAUGUGAUCGAGCUAUUAGAUGUCGAUCCACAAGACAUGGGAGAAGAGGACGGGGCGGUAGUCGAUUUAGAUGCGCAAAGAAAGGGUAAAUGCGCAGUUAUAAAGACAUCAACUCGUCAGACAUACUUCCUUCCUGUGAUUGGUCUGGUCGACGCCGAAUCGCUGAAACCAGGUGAUCUAGUAGGUGUCAACAAAGAUAGCUAUCUUGUACUUGAGACUCUCCCUGCCGAGUAUGACGCCAGAGUCAAAGCCAUGGAAGUAGAUGAGAGACCUACCGAACAAUACUCCGACAUUGGUGGACUGGAUAAGCAAAUUCAGGAACUCAUUGAGGCUGUUGUAUUGCCUAUGACGCAUAAGGAAAAAUUCGAAAAUCUAGGAAUACAACCUCCCAAAGGCGUUUUACUCUAUGGUCCACCUGGAACCGGAAAAACUUUAUUAGCUCGAGCCUGCGCCGCACAAACAAAAUCUACCUUCCUAAAACUGGCCGGUCCGCAAUUGGUGCAGAUGUUCAUCGGCGAUGGUGCCAAGUUGGUCAGAGAUGCGUUCUCAUUGGCCAAAGAGAAGGCUCCAGCGAUUAUAUUUAUUGAUGAAUUAGAUGCUAUCGGCACAAAACGUUUCGAUUCAGAGAAGGCGGGAGACAGGGAGGUACAACGUACCAUGUUAGAAUUAUUAAACCAAUUGGAUGGCUUCAGUUCAACAGCUGACAUCAAAGUGAUUGCUGCCACGAACAGAGUGGACAUCUUAGAUCCAGCCUUGUUGCGAUCCGGACGUUUGGACAGAAAGAUUGAGUUUCCGCAUCCCAAUGAGGAAGCCAGAGCGCGCAUUAUGCAAAUUCAUUCGCGCAAAAUGAACAUGUCGCCUGAUGUGAACUUCGAGGAAUUAUCUAGAUCCACAGAUGAUUUUAAUGGAGCACAAUGCAAAGCUGUUUGCGUAGAAGCGGGUAUGAUAGCAUUACGACGCAACGCAACCGAAGUCACCCAUGAAGAUUUAAUGGAAGCUAUCAACGAAGUCCAAGCGAAAAAGAAAGCAAAUUUGAAUUAUUAUGCUUAAUAUGUGUUAUUUAUUUAUAAGAUAUCUUUUGUAUAAUAAAUAUAGAAACGGAUAAUACUUAAUACUUUCUAAUUUUUCGGCAAAUAUAAAAUAAACGAAUGAAUACUUUUUAAAGUUGCGUGUAAAGAGAAAUUAUGAACU